UGUGCUUAAACAUCCGCCUUCAUAAUCACUAUCAAAUCCCCGCAACCACGCCGAGUGCUUCAAAUCCAUCGUCAACCGCGGUACAUGAUAAGUCCGCAAUCGGCGCCGACCAAAUGUGCUGUUGACCUCCGAAACCCCGGACCGUGCCAGUACCCGCCGUAGACGACUUGAUCGAUCGCAUUGCUGUAGCCUUAGCCACAGCGCCAAAGAUGCUGCCCGACCCUAUCCCCAACGUUGACGCCAUUCGCUUUGGCGAUAAAUAUUCGGGCGAACUACGUCUUACAGACCACCACAUCAUAUUCUGUCACCCCAUAUCGCCACCCAACGGCGCCGCCCCUCCUCCGAAUGCUCCAAAGUACAGGGAGUCUUACAUCGCAUACCCCAUCAUAUCGCACUGUAUUUUCAGACCCUGUCCCAGUGUCACUGGACGCCCCUCAUCCGUACGAUUGCGCGGAAGAGAUUUCACCUUGAUAAACUUCCUUUUCGCGAAUGAGUUACACGCUAGAGAAGCCUUCGAACGCAUCCGUGCUAGGACCUGCCGACUGGGGUCUGUAGAGAAGCUGUAUGCUUUCAGCUACCAGCCUCUCAAGGUCGAGAAGCCAUUUAAUGGCUGGAGUCUCUAUGAUCCGAGGGCCGAAUUCAGGCGGCAGGGCAUCAGUACGAAGUCGGUGGACAGGGGCUGGAGGAUCUCUUUGAUCAACAAAGAUUAUACCUUCUCUCCGACAUAUCCGGCGUUGCUUGUCGUCCCAUCCAAAAUUUCCGACAAUGUCAUCAAGUACGCUGGUCCUUAUCGGUCUAGGGCCCGAAUACCAGUAUUAACGUAUCUACACUCCCUCAAUAAUUGUUCCAUUACCCGAAGCUCUCAGCCCUUAGUCGGCUUUAGAGGGAAUCGUAGCAUACAAGAUGAGAAACUCGUCAGUGCUUGCUUCUCUGCUUCGGCUACGGUCGAGUUCAAUGGCCUUGAGGUACCUACUCUAGAUACAACAGAGCCAAGUCCUUCAUCUAGUCAGAUUGAUCUCCGAGCUUCUAGUUUAGAAGGAGAGGCAAGUGAUACUGAACGUCUGGAGGAUGACCUCAUUGCUAGUAGCGAAGCCAACCAUGACGCCCAAACAGGCAGGCGAAUAUACGGGGCGCAGCAGAGUAAUCUGAUUGUAGAUGCGCGACCUACAAUAAAUGCUCUUGCAAUGCAAGUCGUCGGGAAAGGUUCAGAAAACAUGGAGUAUUACCCUUUCGCAAAAAAGGCCUACUUGAAUAUCGACAACAUACACGUCAUGAGGGAAUCUCUCAAUACUGUCAUAGAAGCUAUCAAGGAUGGCGACAUCUCAAAAUUACCUCCAAACCGCGAGUUACUGAUAAAGAGCAACUGGCUUAAGCACAUAAGAGGGGUUCUGGAUGGGUCAGCUUUGAUAGCACGACAAGUGGGUAUUAAUCAUUCUCACGUUCUAAUUCAUUGUUCAGAUGGAUGGGAUCGCACGAGCCAACUGUCAGCACUGUCUCAACUGAUGCUCGAUCCAUUUUAUCGCACAAUAGACGGUUUCAUUGUGCUAGUCGAGAAAGACUGGUUAUCAUUUGGGCAUAUGUUCCAACAGCGCUCUGGCCCACUCGGACACGAGAAAUGGUUUGUUAUUGAGCGAGAUGCCAUGGCUGGGUCAGUUAUGCAGCCUGGAGAGCCCGAUGGUCGGGCGGGCGAAGCUUUCGAAAAUGCGAUUGCUGGUGCUAAAAGAUUCUUCCAUCGAGGCCGAAAUCAGGAAUCAAGCAGUGACGCUGAUGUGGAUGGUUCAGGCUCGCCCCCUGACGAGAGUACGCAGGGCAAGAGGUCAUCUGAGUCCUCUCCUAUCACAGAAACCACGCGCCCUAACGAAAUAUCUCCCGUUUUUCACCAGUUCCUCGAUGCGACAUGGCAACUCUUGCGACAGCACCCAACUCGGUUUGAAUUCAACGAAAGAUUCCUUCGUCGCCUUCUGUACCAUCUUCAUGCGGGCCAAUAUGGCACUUUCCUAUAUAAUAACGAAAAGCAACGCAUGGAUGCUCACGUCCACCGAAGAACUAGAUCGGUAUGGGAUUACUUCUUAUCACGGAAACACGACUUUCUGAAUCCGGAAUAUGAUCCCACAAUUGAUGAUCGGCAAAGCGGUCGCGAGCGAUUGCUAUUUCCUAAGCUGGGGGAUGUGCGGUGGUGGGCACAAUGCUUCGGCCGAUCCGACUCCGAGAUGAACGGAUAUCUGGACCAAGCGGCAGCACAUGAGCAAAGAAUAGGCAGCUACGCAAUGACACCUACCGGAUCUCCGAGUAAGAACGGUAGUAGGUCACCGCAGCCUCCCGCGAGCCCCAAACCUCCAAGCAUGCCGACCAGUCGAAGUGUGCUUACAGGGGUAGAGUCAGCUCAUGAAGUGCUCACAACGGACCGUGAGAGUCCCGCAACCCUCAAACACAGCGCUAGCGCUGAUUCGCCGCGCGGGUUUGCGGUGAAUCUGGCCAAGAUUCGCGAUGGUGUCACAAGCCUAGAUCUCGGCCGCGGCUUAUUUGGGGGGUCGGAUAAAGGAGACCCCGCAAAGAGCCACGACCCUCUGGGUGUCCAAGGCGAACAGGAAAUGGCGGAUAUGGCAACUCACCCAACACGCCAAAACCUCGGCCACGAAAGAGAGAUGGAAAACACGCCAAAGCGCUCUCUAGGCGACAGCUCAACAUCCUUUGAGAUGCAAUGAUAACAUAUUAUUUUGAGGAAGCUUCGUCAGGUGAAGUAUGGGACUCGUGUGAAGAACAGGGUGAACAGGGCUGGUGACGAGAUCCAGUUCCGGUCUCGUAAGUCUCACGACUAACGAUAAAAAUUGGUCUGCUGUAUGGUGUAUUGUGAAUCGUUUUCAUGAAUCCUGCGAUAGAUAGAGGGGCAUAACUUUUGAGGGUUAACAGAUAUACAAUCGCUUGUAGAGGAUAGUAUCGUGCUGCUGCAUUGUUGAUGGGAAAACUAGGCCCUAG